CUUCAACCGACGCCCUCUUGGUGGCCGUCCACGCACGGUGACCCCUACUCCUGCCGCAGCAUCAAGUAUGUAGUGUAUUAUCCCAAGCCCCAACACGCCGCGCUUCUCCUGUACUUCUUGGCGAAAAUCGAUCUGGUCACAUUGAGAAUUCACGGCUCCCUUCCGCAGAAUCUCACGGUUGCAUCAGCAAAGGUGGGACAAUUAAUAGUACUUACCGUAUCCGCUGCAUUGGAGAUAUACAGUGGACCGACCAGAGGCUUCAUCGGCCGGCUGAGGGAGACGGUGCAUGCAACCGGCCAUAUUUCCCGAGGCGCUCGCCGAAAUAUGAGUCAAGAUCUUGGUUUCGAGGAACUCCCACAGGACAUCGUACACCGUAUACAUUCCCUUUUGCCGGUGCAAGAAGCCGCGCGUGCUGCCUGCGCGUCUCGUGGGCUUCUACAUUCCUGGAGAUGCUAUUCCAACCUCACACUCAACUGCGAAACACUUGGGUUGACUCACAAGAAGUUCGAGGAAAGAGAGACCUACAUCAUUGACAAGGUUGACAAAAUCCUUAAAAACCAUUAUGGCAACGGGGUGAAGGUGAAGACACUUAAACUUCAUCUUGCCCCUUGCAACAAUAUCAAAGCCGCAUGCCUCGACGUGUGGCUCCAGGUCACCGUUAAGUCUGGGAUCAAAGAACUUGACUUGGCAAUGCCUUUACUCAUGAAGGAAAAAUACAACUUUCCUUGUUCCGUUUUGUCUGACGAGGCAGCUGCGAGUUCGAUUCAAUCUCUUGGCCUUUGGGGUUGCUCUUUUCACCCCACGUCCACACUUGGCCUCUUGAGAAGAUUGAAAUGUUUACAGUUGACUCUUGUGGACAUUAGCGAGGAAGGAUUAGGCCUAUUGCUCUCAAAAUCUUCUUCCCUUGAGCAGCUGGUCCUCUUCUUUUGUAGUGGGAUAACUUGCCUGCAAAUACCUUGUACAAUGCAACAACUCAAUUUCCUUAGUAUUACAGAAUGCAGGAGUUUGAAGAUGGUAGAGAUCGAUGCUCCAAAUCUCUGCUCCUUUUAUUGUGUUGGGACCCUGAUAGAAAUCUCCAUUAGAAAUUCUUUUCAGCUUAAGAAUGUAAAUUUGUCAUGCAUUCUUCUCUCUGAUGCUCGCGCCAGGCUACCAUCCAUCCUAGGAACUGUCGAGAGCCUUACCCUGCGCUCUCGCACUGAGAAUGCCAAAGUUCCAACCAUGGCCUCCAAGCUCCCCUGCCUCAAGCACUUGGAUAUUGAACUCCUCGGACCAACAAUGGCCUUCCCACCUUUUAGAAAUAUAACGGACUUCCCCAAGAGCUAUGAUGUCUUCUCUUUGGUUUCAUUUCUUGAUGCUUCUCCUACCUUGGAUUCCUUCAUCCUGCGCGUAGAGCAGGGUGCCCUUAGAUCCGACUUCGGUUUUGGAGACGACCAUGAGUAUCUGAGGCAGAGGCUAGAUGACCGGCAUAACUGCCUCAGGCAGGUGACAAUCACGGGGUUCUGUCCAUCCAAGAGCCUGGUCCAACUCCUAAUCUACAUCCUUGAGAGUGCGCCCUCGCUCGAGCGUCUGACGCUGGACACAACCUACCGCUACGACAGGAGGUCGGGUACCACUAGCAGAUGGUCGUCCUCAAGAAAGAUUGGCCAAUGCUCGCCGAUGUGCAGGACGUAUCUCCCCGGAGCUCGUAGAGCCGUGGAAGCUGCGUGUAGGUGCAUCGCCGGAAGAGUCCCCCCAAAUGUUGAAUUUGAGGUCCUGGAGAUGUGUAGUCGAUGCCAUGAUACAUGCCUCCAUAUAUAGCAAGGAUGGAACAUACAAUGUUCACUCAUAGUAUUGGUUAAUUACCAAGUAAAGCUUUGAACUAAUUGCCAUGAUGAAGGGGAGGAGAGUGGUGGGGAGAUGAAUGAACCAUGAUGGGAAAUCUUUCUUGAUUUGAAAAAAAAAAACUGAACAUGCCAUG